AUGACUGACGAGAGGACUUUUGUCAUGGUUAAGCCUGACGGCGUUCACAGGAACUUGAUCGGCGAGGUCGUAAAGAGGUUUGAGAACAAGGGUUUGAAGCUCGUCGCUGCCAAGUUUAAGGUUCCCUCAAAGGAGCUCGUCGAGAAGCACUACGCGGCCCACGAGGGCAAGCCCUUUUUUCCCGAGCUCGUCGCCUUCGUCGGACAGGGCCCUGUGUUCUGCACGGCUUGGGAGGGCCCCAACGCCGUCAAGGUUGGAAGGUCGCUCCUGGGAGUCACGAACCCCGUGGACAGCGCCCCCGGGACCCUCAGAGGCGAUUUCGGACUCACGCUCUCGAAGAACCUCGUCCACGCCAGCAGCUCCCUCGAGGACGCUCUCAGCGAGUGCAACCUCUGGUUCUCCCCCGAUGAGUUUGUGAGUUGGACUCCCAACGCCGCCAAGUGGGUCGUAUAG